UUGCUUCAUAAGGUAGAUCUUAGGUGGCAAGCUGCUGACAUGGCAGAUAUCAUCUGUUCGAAAGGAGAUCCCGGUGGAUAUAUGCUUCCUACAUCGCCGCUGUGAAGAAAAAUAUUCAGCACAUAAAAGCAAGCCGUCUUCCUACUGUCCUCUUCUGAUUUAUUUGAUCCCAUAUUACAUCCCCACAAACAAUGCGUUUCUCCUUUGUCUUCGCCAUUGUUGCUACUGCUUUAACAUCGGUAUCUGCCAGUGACGCUGUAUGUCCUCUCUUUUGCAUACGCGAUGCAAAUUCUGGUUCACAGGCCUUAUUACGAGCUUUGGAACUGGCAGUGGAUGUACAUAUCUUAUACGUGAAUGUAUGUUGGUCAUACUGGGGUCGUACGUGUUUUUCUCGCUAUCUUGUGUAGUGGGUCUUGUAGCGUCAGAUUUUGUCGUUUUCCUGCGAGCUGUGGGAAAGCGCUCCUUCAAGUGCUGGAGAAGGACGAGUGCGGUGGAGGAGGUAGGGGAUGAAGUAGGGCCGCCUAGAUCUGCGAGCGAUGAGAAAUCGCUGCUUCCAACGCUGGAGGAUGAGAAGCCCAGCAAAUGUUUCGGGAUGCAAAAGAGCGAUGGAAAACUACUAUAGGAGAUAACAAAAGAUGUCAAUGAAGCACUAAAGAUGACAUGUUGGAUCCCUAAUGUUGCCCAUCAGUGUGUUGAAUAGGCAGGCAACAAGCCCAGGCCAUGAAACGAGCGCGCCAUCCGUCUCUUAUGGUGAGAUGAGGAUGAUAAGUUGAUCCCACUGCCCCUGCGGAGGUAGUGACUGGAGGAGGUGUCGUGGAUGAGUGGGUUGUGGCUGGGACGAUGGUGGUUGGCUCUGGGUCGUUCCGAUAUGUUGUUGUGUGGUAUGAAGCUUGGAUGGUCGAGAGGAUCUAGUUUUCCCUCUCGCGUGAUAA